AUUCUUCAUCUACACCUCCAACACUGAGACGUCCAUCCAGACAAAUACAACUGCACACAAAAAACACCAGCAGCAGAGCAGAUUUAUCUACAAAGAUGUUCUCUGUGCUGUCCUUUGGAUUUCUGUUGAUAUGUCUGUCAAUGAAUCAUCUGGUCCCCUGUGAAUCCAGAUCAGCCGGUAUGAUGUACAUAAUUCAGGAUGGAGAAGCUCCUGAACCACCUACUGGCACCAAGGGGAAACCUGAGUGUGGCUACGUGGCUCGAAGCUGCAAAGAACUCAGAAACAAGUAUAAAAUCGAUGAAGAUGGCCUGUACUUUCUGACAACGGAGAGCGGGGUGGUCUACCAGACCUACUGUGAUAUGACCACUGCUGGAGGUGGCUGGACGCUGGUGGCCAGUGUGCACGAGAACAACAUGUAUGGGAAAUGCACUGUAGGUGACCGCUGGUCUAGCCAGCAAGGUAACAACCCCAACGUACCUGAUGGUGAUGGAAACUGGGCCAACACAGCCACAUUUGGAACUGCAGAAGCUGCUACCAGUGACGACUACAAGAACCCUGGGUAUUACGACAUUGUGGCUCAGGAUGUGUCUGUGUGGCAUGUUCCUAAUAACGCUCUGGUACAACAGUGGACUGCUGCUUCUAUCUUACGCUACCACACUGAAAACCGGAUUCUCAGCCUCCAUGGAGGGAAUCUGUUCAACUUAUUCAAGAAAUUUCCAGUGACGUUUGGAGCAGGAGUUUGUCGUACUAAUAACGGACCUACUGCCCCAGUGGUGUACGACUUCGGAAAUGAAGCCUCUACCAGGAACUUUUAUGGUCCAAACCCAAGAGGAGAGUUUGAGGCUGGCUUCAUCGCUUUCCGGGUGUUUAACGUUGAGAAGGCAGCCAUGGCGAUCUGUUCUGGAGUCAGACCAACCGGCUGCAAUACAGAACAUUACUGUAUUGGUGGAGGAGGUCAUUUCCCAGAAGCUGCACCCAAACAGUGUGGAGAUUUCCCUGGUUUUGACUGGGAUGGAUACGGGACAAAUGCAGGCUGGAGUGCGUCCCGAGAGAUCACUGAAGCUGCUGUGCUUCUCUUCUAUCGCUGA